GUACCAGUACGCGUCCAGUCAAACCAAAAUAUAACAAAAAACAAAAUGGUUGCUCUAUAAAAGAAUGUGUUUAAAAUGCAUUUUUAUGCAAAAGUACGUGCAUUGUGGCUCAUUUACGUGAUUUACUAAAUUGAUAUUAGGUAAACACCGGCUGCGAGGAUGAACAACAAAACGGUCUAGAAAUGAAUGUGAACGUAUUGCAUUGGAGAUGUGGGGUGGGAUUGUCAAAUCGCUAAUUUAGCAAACUUCGCUUCUUUGCAUUAUGAGGGAAAUGGUAGGAGGUUGUUGCGUUUGUUCUGACGAUAGAGGAUGGUCUGAAAAUCCACUUGUGUACUGCGAUGGACAAUCUUGCACUGUUGCUGUUCAUCAAGCCUGCUAUGGUAUAGUUACUGUUCCCACUGGUCCGUGGUAUUGUCGCAAAUGCGAGAGUCAAGAAAGAUCUGUUAAAGUGAAAUGCGAAUUGUGUCCCAGCAAACAUGGCGCUCUCAAACGCACCGACAAUUCAGGUUGGGCUCACGUUGUCUGUGCUCUUUACAUUCCAGAAGUGCGUUUUGGCAAUGUCACAACGAUGGAACCGAUUCAGCUUCAAUUAAUUCCAACGGAACGUUUUAAUAAGACGUGUUACAUAUGUGAAGAAAAGGGAAAAGCUUCGAGUGCAACGGUUGGUGCAUGUAUGCAAUGUAAUAAGGCCGGUUGCAAGCAGCAGUUUCAUGUGACUUGUGCACAGAGUUUGGGUUUACUUUGCGAAGAAGCUGGAAACUAUUUAGACAACGUCAAAUAUUGUGGCUAUUGCCAACACCAUUACAGUAAAUUGAAGAAAGGUGGUAACGUGAAAACAAUCCCUCCUUAUAAGCCCGUAUCCACGGAAAAUCACCUCUCCGACUCGAAUUCGGAGAAGGAAGCGGAAAACAACGCUUCGACGAAAUCGUCGACUUCUUCAUCUCAACUGUCAUCAUCCAAACGCAAGACGAGUUCGAGCAGCAAAGCCUCCUCGUCUAAGACGAGUUCGAGCACGAAAAGCUCGUCGAGUUCGUCGUCUUCUCAUCAGAAAACCGUCCAUAAUUCGAGUAAAAGUUCAGAUAAACUGAAAGUUUCGAGUUCUAGUGUUAGGAGCAGUGCCAAAAGUGCGGAAGACAACAGUGCUAGUGUUGAGAGUGGUAACGCGGACAGCAAAACGGAGUCGAGAGACAACAAAGUUGACUUAGAUCAAAGCAAAACGGACGUUAAAGAUUCGAAGAGUUCGAAGAAACGUAAGAAUAAUUCGAGGACGCCAACGCCGGUUGCGUUAGUGUCCAGUGAAACUGUUAGUGUUGUUAAUACAUCCAGCGUCGUGGCGGAGAAUUUGGGCGGCACGGCGUCGGCGGGCGAGCGGAAAGGGGUGGUCGGAGAGCCGGCGGAGAAGCCAAAAAAGAUCAAGGUGGAGACAACGCAGUCAAUUUUAACAAACCAGCCAAUCGUUGCCUUAACUUCAAUAUCAACGAUUAAAACCAUAUCCAACUCUUCGAUAACGUCGUCAUUGAACGACAACGUCGAGACGGCCCCGUCACCAUCACUACCUCCACAAUCCAUAAUUCAGUCAGGUCCACCUCACAGUGUCAAUUCUCUAGUGGUUUCCGUGCCUCUGACUAGUACUAGCUUAAGCCCCCAUCCCCAAAUCAUCAACAACCAAGCGAGUGUCGUAACACCCACACCUAUCAUACAUUCAGAAAGGAGUGUCAAUAGUCCAGCCGACAGAGACACGUCAAAUACCACACCAGUAAACAUGACUGGUGGUAGUAGUAACCAGGGGAGUUCGAUAAUUACCUCAGAAAUGAGUGGAGGUGGCCUAAAAAUUACCUACGAGAAGCAGGAUGCGGUGACCAUGGAAGUGGAUAUGGAGUUGGAAGUUUCUCCGUCGAAUCAAGACUUGGCUUCGAAAAGAUCUCAUUCAGUGGAAAAAUCCGAGAAAGGUGGUCGGGGAAAGAAACGAAAUUCGGGAGGAGCGAAUGGGAUUAUUAAUCAGUUGAAUAAUACGUCGAUUUCUUCGUCGACGGUGAAACGUUCGAGUAGAUCUCAGAAUUCGACACCGCCACAGCCGGGGGCCUUUGCCAGUAUAAGUCAGUCGCAGAUUAAGGAUUCACCUCCCAGUAGUCCCAGCUCCGAAAGUCAGAGUGCUGCGUCGGUGCAGAAUGGUCGAGGGAAGUCGAAAUCGAGGAAAAGUGCGCCUUCGUCGCUUGCAAGGUCGCAGUCGCCGAAAGAUAUGAAAGAUAUUAAAUUUUUUCAGAACGGGGUUACAGCCCCGCACAUGUUGGGUAAUCAGUUAAACCCCAAUUCCAACAUGGCACAAAAAAUGUCCGAUCAUCUAAAUUCCGAAUUAGAAGCCCACAGUAUUUUCAGUGCAAGUGAUAAUUCAACAAUGAUGGGUCCCCAACUCCAUCAUCGAGUAAUCGCUUCGGCAAGGGCGAGCAGUGCAGGUGGUUCGAGUACUGCUUCAGCAGGUAGCGGUUUUUCAUCAAUGUUAGGAGGUGGAGGUGGCAACAUACCUCAAACACUUGACCAAUUACUUGAAAGACAGUGGGAACAAGGAUCUCAAUUUUUAAUGGAACAAGCCCAACAUUUUGAUAUUGCAUCCUUGCUGUCUUGUCUCCACCAACUACGUGCUGAAAAUUUGAGGCUGGAAGAACACGUCAGUUCGUUACUUCAAAGAAGAGAUCAUUUAUUGGCUGUCAAUGCUAGGUUGGCUAUUCCAUUGACUGGCCAACCCGCAACCCCUCAGUCUUCCCAUGCUCAUACAGUGAAUAACAUACACCCUGCUGUGGGGGCCAGCCACGGGGACGUGCCCCGUUCAGGGCGCCACAGCGGCAACGGUGCCAACUACCCCGCGCAUCCCCAAGGUUCACAACACCCAAGUGUAGCCCCAGUUGAAAAUGGUUUAGCUUCAGAUCCCUCCCAACCCUAUCCCUCAUCUCAUUCGCAUCGAAGUCCAGCAACAAGUCAGUCCCAACCCAGUCCAUCGGUUAGACAUUCGCCGGCUGGUUCAGGGUAUCCCAAUAGUGGUCUGCUUCGGCAAAAUGCAGACACUAGCGGACGCUCUGCGCCUAGACCUCAACCGUAUCCGUUAUAUCAGGGGCAGGGGCCUUCGUCGCAACAACAGAUGGUAAUUAGAAGAGACUCAGAUAUAUACCAUCAGUCAACAUCGAAACCUAGCUGAGAGUAUGUGGAUCCGUCGUUUAGCAUAACGAGACUUCUAGACUUGCAUUGACAAAUCACUCAAUUCAUAAUUUGUUGAUUAUCCUCGAUCAUUGUACAGUGAAAGUAUUUUCACAAGUUGGUUUUACGUAAAGACUGAAAAACGAGUUGUGAUUCGUUUUUCAGACUUUAUAGACAAAACAGCCGUAUUCAUCAUGAACGUUGGAAUUGUCGAAUUGUAAGAAUUGAAAGUUUUUAUUUAUUGUUAGAGAUGUAAUAUGAUCUCCGUUUUAACCGUACUUAAUAUUUAAAUAUGUCCAGGCAUAUCCUGUCGACUAAUAUAUUAUAAUACACGUAUUCCAUGUAAUUUUAACUUUUACUAACUGCUUAUAAUUAAAGAAGUAAUGUUUAAAAUAUUGGCGAGUUUUAUGACGAUUAGUAAAAUUUUCACGUGAUUAUUAUAUUAUGUACUUCUUUGAUUGUAUGCAAUUUUAAGUGGAAGAACAAUUUUUAUUUGAUUCUACACACCAUUUACAAAAUCAUGCAAAUUUAUCUCUUUAUACUUUUUAUCGUUAUAGUUUUAUUGUGUAAAACUGUCAGCGGGUCGGUAAUUUUUGCCCGAAAAGACUCCUUUGAUUGGUGGUUAAUUGUAUUAAAGCUUUAAAAAUAUCAACAUGAUUGUGUUCGAUUUGAGUGAGUAUGGCGUAUUUUCGCAAUUUUACAUUUAUUUAGGGUAAUACUUUUUUGUUUAGUUGUUUCAUUUAUUGUAGUUAUUACAGUCUCACUGCCACUGCAAUAUGCUCAAUUAUGUUUCUAUUGCCUCUAGUCAGAUUUUAUAACAGAAAAAACCGACGUUUGUUGACGGUAAGGUUGUUUAAUUAGGUGCAUGCGAAGGUUUUCAUGGUUAAAAAUGCGUGAAGCUUAAAAUUUUGCUAAAUGUACAAUGUUAGAGUGAAAAGUAUAGUUUUAGUUGAAUACUCAGGGAUAUUACUAGAACACAUUGUAUCACAAAGCUGGUUCAUAAACGAAGUCUUUAAUAGUCUUAAGUUACGCAUUUUUAUGCCAGUAACAAUGCCAUAUUAGUUAAUUAUUCAUGUAAAUACUAAUAGCGUAAUUUAGUGACUUUAUUCUGUAUAUUUGUUAGUUUAGCAAUGAACACGCAAUUCAUUUAGUUUUCUUGUUGUACAAACCAUUGUCGAAAAUAGUAAUAGUUUUAUAAACAAGAAACGGAAAUAUCCCUAUUUUUUUGCAAAUAUUUUUGGGAUUUUUUGUACUUUUAUAAAUAAUAAGAUUUUUAGGAGGUAAUCAUAGACUAUGUAUGUGAAUGUUGUUUGUAUAUUUUGUAAUAUUUCAUUUUGUUUUUGUUAUGUAAGAUAUAGAAUUUGUAGGAUAAAACGUGUUUCAUUUGA